UUUCUGUUCCUCUCCAGAUUCAGAGCUCGGAGGAAGGUCUCCUGUACAUACAGGGCCUGGCCAGCACCUAUGGGGAUGUGUGCUGCUGGUGGGUGGGGCCCUGGCACGCGGUCAUCCGCAUCUUCCACCCCACCUGCGUCAAGCCUGUGCUCUUUGCUCCAGCUGCUGUCGCACCCAAGGACUCAUUCUUCUACGAGUUUCUGAAGCCCUGGCUGGGGGAUGGGCUCCUGCUGAGUGCCGGUGACAAGUGGAGUAGACACCGUCGCAUGCUGACACCUGCCUUCCACUUCAACAUCCUGAAGUCCUAUGUGAAGAUUUUCAACGACAGCGCGAAGGUCAUGCACGCCAAGUGGCAGCGCCUGGUCACAGAGGGCCACACCCGUCUGGACAUGUUUGAACACAUCAGUCUCAUGACCCUAGACAAUCUUCAGAAAUGCGUCUUCAGCUUCGACAGCAAUUGCCAAGAGAAGCCCAGUGGAUAUAUUGCUGCCAUCCUGGAGCUCAGUGCCCUUGUGGCAAAACGGCACCAGCAGCUCUUCCAGUACACGGACUUCGUGUACUACCUCACCCACGAUGGGCAGCGCUUCCGCAGGGCCUGCCGCCAGGUACACGACUUCACAGAUGCAGUCAUCCGGGAGCGGCGCCGCACCCUCCCCGAUCAGGGUGCUGAUGACUUCCUCAAGGCGAAGGCUAAAACCAAGACUUUGGACUUCAUUGAUGUGCUCCUGCUGACCAAGGAUGAAGAUGGGAAGGGGUUGUCAGACGAAGAUAUCCGAGCUGAAGCUGACACCUUCAUGUUUGAGGGCCAUGACACCACAGCCAGUGGCCUCUCCUGGGUCCUCUACAACCUUGCAAAGCACCCUAAAUACCAGGAGCGCUGCCGGCAGGAGGUGAAAGAACUCCUGAAGGAUCGUGAGCCUAAAGAGAUUGAAUGGGACGACCUGACCCAGUUGCCUUUCCUGACUAUGUGCAUCAAGGAGAGUCUGCGGUUGCAUCCUCCAGUCCCGACCGUCUCUCGUCGCUGUACCCAGGACAUUGCACUCCCAGAUGGUCGGGUCAUCCCCAAAGGUGUUAUCUGCCUCAUCAGUAUUUUCGGGAUCCACCACAACCCAACCGUGUGGCCAGACCCUGAGGUUUAUGAUCCCUUUCGUUUCGACCCGGAAAACAUCAAGGGGAGGUCACCUUUGGCUUUUAUUCCCUUCUCGGCGGGGCCCAGGAACUGCAUCGGGCAGUCGUUUGCCAUGACUGAGAUGAAGGUGGUCCUAGCGCUCACGCUGCUGCGCUUCCGCGUCCUGCCGGAUAAAGAGGAGCCACGCAGGUCGCCGGAGCUGAUCCUGCGCGCAGAAGGUGGACUUUGGCUGCGGGUGGAGCCACUGAGCGCAGGAGCUCAGUGACCCCACUGUCGCCAGACCACGGAUUCAGUCUGACCCACCCCCCUUACCACUGCAGAUUCCUUUGGGUAAAACUGCGCUUUCACUUCU